AUAACCCUAAGUCCGAGUAUAAAAAUUAUCUUCUCCCUUCUUAGGGCUUUCGAUCGGCACCAGCUGAACGGCAAUUGUGCUCUCUGCUAUUUCUGUCUAACCUCCCGGCCUGCGAAAAUGGUGAACGUUCCUAAGACAAAGAAGACCUACUGCAAGUCCAAGGAGUGCAAAAAGCACACCUUGCACAAGGUCACCCAAUACAAGAAAGGGAAAGAUAGUUUGGCUGCUCAGGGAAAGCGUCGUUACGACAGGAAGCAGUCUGGUUAUGGUGGUCAGACAAAGCCCGUUUUCCACAAAAAGGCUAAGACCACAAAGAAGAUCGUGUUGAGGUUGCAAUGCCAAGGCUGCAAACAUGUUUCACAGCACCCAAUCAAGAGGUGCAAGCAUUUUGAAAUUGGUGGGGACAAGAAAGGAAAGGGAACCUCACUUUUCUAGAUUGCCUCUGAAGCCACCAAGAACUUCCUUUUUUGCCUUCUCUUAUGUUGCAAUGUUGAACUUUUGUUAUUUUGGAUGGUGGUUCUUUUGUGUUACAUUAUCUUCCAAAUAGAUUAUUUUGCGUUAUGAUAGUUAUAUUGUAGAUCA